AUGAAUAUACAGAAAGGAACAACGCUGGUGGAGAGCAUGAAGAUCAACACCAAUGAAGAGCUGAUCGUUGCCGGGUCUCAGUCCGGCUCUAUUUGCAUCUGGGACCUGGAGGCUGCCAAAAUUCUCCGCACCUUAAUGGGCCACAAAGCCAACAUCUGCAGCCUGGACUUCCAUGCGUUCGGGGGUUUCGUGGCCUCGGGAUCCAUGGACACCAACAUUAAGCUUUGGGAUGUGAGAAGGAAAGGCUGCAUCUUCAGGUACAAAGGCCACUCGCAGGCCGUCCGCUGCCUCCGCUUCAGCCCAGAUGGGAAAUGGCUGGCGUCUUCCUCGGACAAUCACACGGUGAAGCUCUGGGACUUGGCUGCUGGGAAGAUCAUGUUUGAGUUCGCGGGACACAUGGGGCCAGUGAACAUGGUGGAAUUCCAUCCCAACGAAUACCUUUUGGCCUCGGGGAGCUCCGACAGAAUGAUCAGGUUCUGGGACUUGGAGAAGUUCCAGGUGGUGAGCUGCAUCGAGGAAGAAGCCACACCUGCCAGGUGCGUCCUCUUCAACCCAGACGGCUGCUGCCUCUUUGCCGGCUGCCAGGACACCCUGCGGGUUUACGGCUGGGAACCGGAGCGCUGCUUUGACGUAGUGCCCAUCAGCUGGGGCAAAGUGGCCGACCUCUCCAUCUGCAACAACCAGCUGAUCGGUGUCUCCUUCUCGCAAAGCGUGGUCUCCUCCUUCGUGGUGGACCUCAACCGCGUCACCAGAUCUGGCUCCGGCCUCCAGGGCCUGAUCCGGGAUGACCGACCCCUCGCACAGCAGCUCCCAGCAACCGGAUCCUCCCUGCGGCACAUCUACGAACGGCCCUCCGCUGCAUGCAGCAAACCUCAGCGAGUCAAACACAACUCGGAGAGCGAGAGGCGCAGCCCCAGCAGCGAAGACGACCGGGAAGAGAAGGAAUCCACCGCCGAAAUCCAGAAUGCAGAGGAUUACCAAGAGAUCUUCCAGCCAAAGAAUUCCAUCACCCGAACUCCUCCGCACAAGAGUGAGCCUUUUCCUGCACCUCCGGAAGAUGAACCACCGCCGGUUGCCAAAGAAAGGAACAACCUUGUUUGAAGUCUGGAAAGCAGAAAGGUCACAUUCCCCAUCUGUAUCUCUCAUUACCCAAAGAGCCAAUCCACCACAUAAGAAAUAUUUAGACUGGUUCCCGUUCUAAAGUAUUCCCUUCCCCACUUUUUGUUAGGCAGAUGUUCCGGUGGAAAUAUAUAUUCUAUUAGAUACUGAAAAUGACUUCUACUGCUGCCUCCCUGUGCCCCAAGGUAUAUUUUUCAUCUCAGGCCCAAUGGAAUGCAGCAGUUUCACUGGGGUCAUUGAAUGCUUACUUAACAUCUCCAAAAAGUGCACCCUCCACAGUUCAUUUUUACAGCAGAUGAAAGCAAAUGACCCAGUCUAUCACCCAACAUGGAAAAGAACACAGUUCUCUUAACGGAUAGGACUGGUGAAGGAAGCAGAGAGAGGCAAACAAUUGGAUGUUUACAGGAACAGCCUAGCUCAUCCAUGCACUCACAGUAGCAAAAGGAGCUCUUGUCAAUUCUGUGCAGCUGUUCUGAAAAUCUGAAUUGUUUUCCUCGCAGGGCAAGUUUUGCUGGGGUGUCUGCCAAAGCACAGAGUAAAGAUGGGCUUCAUAGUUGCUGUCUUGCAUACUGACACAGGUCCCCAGCAGCGCAGUAUCCACCAGCGCCUCAGAAGGGAGGUGGGAGGCCGCGGCCAUGGCACAAAGAAGUGGUCCAUCCCAUUCUGAAAGGAAGGAAGAGCUCUUUUUUUCAGCUGAAAUACAAGUCAGUUGAUUGGAAGGCAGACACAAGCAAGGGCUAGGUCCUAGGCCUGGUUGCUGUGGCAACACAGGCUGAGCUAGUUCAGUUAUUUCAGGUAGAGAGUGCUGGACCACUGAUCCUUGUAGUGUAGGGGCUAUUUGCUUGCCUGGGGGGAAGUCAAGUGGGCUUCUAAAUCCAAUAUUAGGAAUGGAAGAGUUGCAAGGGAGUGAGGCAGCACAUGUCCCAUUCCUUAGAAUAGAUUCCUCCUCCUCCUGGUCUAGCUGCUGCAUUGGGCUUUUGAGAUAUUCAGUGUCUAUAGCAACGGACUCAGACAAGUGACAGGAACAGUUUUCCAAAGGCAAAUGUGGGUGAGCACAAAGACAGAUGGGGGUAUGUGAUGGAGCUGCACACAGGCCAGGCCGUCUGGGAGCUGCCUGGCUGUCACUCAAAUUUGGGAAAGCAUAUUGUGGUGUGCCAACCUGCUGCUCCUUAGUGGCCAAGUCUGAACUUGACUGCUUCUUGUCUGAUGUAAGUGCUUGUUUCUUUUUCGCUGGCCUUAACGGGCUCCAGGACUUUUUCCGUUUGUGAGACAGUGCAGCGGGCUUUGCUAAGAUCCUCUCCUUUUCAGGUGCAGCAAUGCAUUUGUCUUCAGCAGGGCCAAUGGCCUGUGAGCCACUGUUUGCCACCAUGCUGGCCUCUUCGUGCAGGUUAGAAGCUGAUCCUGGAGACUGCAAGGCAAAGGGCAAAGUGCUGUCAAACACCUCCAGGGACAGAGCUGUUAACUGAAGAAAGCCUUGGUCCUCAAAGAAGUGGGUUGAGUCCUUUGGGGUACCAAACUGUCCUGAUGAGCCCUCAGCAGACAUGCAAAAUUGAAGUGCUUGAUCUAAAGGUGGUACUAUCGCAUUCUCAUUCACCUCCUUUAGCAAUCCAAAGGACUCUCCAUCACCAGCAGCUGGAGGCACCCUGGGGGAAAAAAAAACAGAUAGAAAGGUAACACUUUCAAAAGCUGAGUGCUUUGCAUAUAUAAUUUGGAUGUAAUAUAACAACUUUGCAAGUGGAGAAAGAGUGCCUUGCCUACGAUCUUGGUGACACUGGUAACAUUAGUUUAUGACAGAGACAAGAAUCAUAGCUCAGACUCUUCACCACUAUACCUCCCACACCAAGAAAGUUCUGUUCACAUAGGAUUUAAGUCAUGUAUCAUCACCCGUGAAAGCUCAUGGCUUUAUUUGCUGACAUUUUAUAACUCCUACUGUACAGUUCUAAGCAGAUUUAUUUCCCCUCUGCUGAAUGAAGCUUUUGCCUACAUAUGUACAUACAACUGCAAGCUUUACUGUGCCAACACCUUGCAGUAGCAGUGGUCUUUGUGAGCCUAAUCCAAGGCACAAUGCUUGCAUAACAAGUUGCCACCAGAAUCCUGGCAAUGGAAUAGAAUCCUCUACAUCAAGAAAGCAGUUUUUGUGGCCUCAGUGGAUAACAAAAUGUUGCUUCCAAAUGCUUUUUAGGGGCAUUUUUUCAUGUUUUGGAGAUGUUACAUCCGGGGGGUCUUUUUACUGAAAUACAAAAAGUAACUAGGAUGUUACUUCCAGUUGUAAUAAUGUUCUCUCCUGGGCCUAUAAGAAAAGAUGCAUUAGGGAGCACUUGGAAGUAAAAAGAUGUGAUUUCCUUACAAGGGAGGAUGUGAUAGGGGUACAACUUUUCAGGUUUCCCCUGUGGAACUUUGCCUGCCUCUUUCCUUUGGAUGCCUAAUCUGUAUUUCUAAAUGUUGAACUGAAGUGUGGAAUGAAAGCAAAUUUAAUGGGUGGGCAGAAUAUUUACUUGGGGGACAAUGUCCUUCCUUUUGCCCCAGGGAUUGAUCAAGCUUUAAUUCUGAAUUUUAGAUGUACUUGGAAAUAUCAUCCCUAAAUUUGGAGGCGUUUUGUGACUA